UCAAUAGCACAUGGCGUUGGGUCCCCAAACCUUCCUCUAUCUCCACUGUGGAGUGGCUUGAGAACCCCCGUCAAAAGUUCUACCUUAAAAGGAAUCCAAUUUGAUAUCGGUCUGCCUGUAUCAUACAGUUCAUACUCUUCUCUCUUUCUGUCGGGAGAGAGAUGCAAGCUACUUCAUAUCUUCCCUUUUGUUUGAUUCUCCUUGUGGUUUUGGUUCUUUUUCCAUGUUCACGGUACCCUCUAGCCACACAACAGUACGUUGGCUGUUCUCUAACCACACCCUGGGGCGGUUCCCGGAACAGAAAAUACUCGAUCUUAGAGACCCAGAACCCCAAAUCCAUAGCUCACUCGGCUGAGACCACUCAUCACCCACUAGACCCACUUAGCAUACAAGAAAUCAACAAGGUCCGAGCCGUCCUCUCAUCAUAUGGACCUUUCUCUUCCUCUUUCCCAGCAAUCCAGUCGCUGUCACUGGAUGAGCCUGAGAAGUCUGUAGUUCUGGGCUGGAAAAAAGGUGACCCUCUUCCCCCUAGAAAAGCCUUCGUGAUUGCAUUAUUGAAUGGCAAAACUCAAGUGCUCUUGGUGGACUUGGAUUCAAGCCGGGUCACUAGCCAUUCGACUCAUCGGGGCUCAGGUUACCCGACCUUGUCCAUGGACGACAUCCAGGUGGCCUUACGGGUGCCAUUAUCUGAUCCAGAAUUUAAUAAGUCCAUCAUGGCCCGAGGCGUUAAGUUAUCGGAUUUGGGGUGCAUAUCGCCUUCAAGUGGGUGGUUUGGGCCUGAUGAGGAAGGAAGGAGGAUCAUAAAGAUUCAGUGCGGCUCAAUUCAAGAUACGGCCAAUUUCUAUAUGAGGCCCAUUGAAGGGCUCACUGUAACGGUGGACAUCGACAGGAAAGAGGUGGUGAGGAUUUCAGAUACAGGCAGAGAAAUUCCGGUUCCGAAAGGGACAAACACCGACUACCGAUACACAGCCCAGGACAGGCCACCAGAAAUGGAGCCAAUCAAUCCAAUUUCAAUGGAGCAGCCCAAGGGGCCAAGUUUUAGAGUCGAAGAUGGACAUAUAGUGAAAUGGGCUAAUUGGGAGUUCCACCUCAAGGCUGACCAACGAACCGGUAUGAUAAUUUCCCAAGCCAAGGUUCGGGACUCGGAGACUGGUGAGCUCCGGAGUGUCAUGUACAAAGGGUUUGCUUCUGAAAUGUUCGUGCCUUAUAUGGACCCAGAUGAAGCUUGGUACUUCAAAUCGUACAUGGAUGCAGGCGAGUUUGGGCUAGGGGGGACCGCACUAGCACUUGUGCCACUAAAUGACUGUCCUCGAAACUCAUACUACAUGGACGGGGUUUUCGUGGCAUCGGAUGGGAAACCCUUUAUUCAGAGCAACAUGAUAUGUGUGUUCGAGCGGUACACUGGCGAUGUUGGCUGGCGACACUCUGAAACCUUCCUUCCUGGUUUUAAUAUUAGGGAAGCAAGGCCUAAGGUGACGCUUGUGGCUCGAAUAGCGGCAUCAGUUGGAAACUAUGACUACAUCUUCGACUGGGAAUUCCAAACAGAUGGUCUCAUUCGGGUUAAGGUUGGGCUCUCUGGAAUGCUAAUGGUGAAAGGAACCCCUUUGGAAAAUAUUCAUCAAGCACCUAAUCAAGAUGACAUGUCUGGCACUCUGGUGUCCGAAAAUGUCAUUGGUGUGGUUCAUGAUCACUUCAUCACUUUCCACCUCGAUCUGGAUAUAGAUAACACUGAUAAUUCCUUUGUUAAGGUCAAUCUGGUGAAGGAAGAGACUCUGCCAGGCCAAUCACCGAGGAAGAGUUACUUGAAAGCCAAGAGGAAUGUGGCGGCGACCGAAAAUGAUGCGAAAAUCAAGCUUAAGCUCUAUGAUCCAUCAGAGUUUCACGUGAUCAAUCCUUUGAAGCGGUCUAGGUUGGGGAAUUCAGCUGGAUACAAGAUUGUCCCCAGUGGCACCGCGGCUAGCUUGCUCGAUUUACAAGAUCCUCCUCAACUAAGAAGUGCUUUCACAAAUAAUCAGAUCUGGGUGACUCCAUACAAUCGGACUGAACAAUGGGCUGGGGGGCUUUUCGUGUAUCAGGGCAAGGGAGAGGAUACUCUGGCCGUGUGGUCUGAUAGGAACCGUCCAAUUGAGAACAGAGACAUUGUGUUAUGGUACACCUUGGGAUUCCAUCACAUACCAUGCCAAGAAGACUUUCCAAUAAUGCCAACAGUAUCAUCCAGUUUUGAUCUGAAGCCUGUUAAUUUCUUUGAAAGCAAUCCAGUUCUUCGGGCUGCACCCAACUUCGAAAAAGACCUUCCUGUUUGUAGACCUACUGCAUCCUCUUGACUGUUGAUCGCAUUUGUUCCAGUCCAUUAAAAGCCCCAUCCUGUGGAACUCUGGAUGAAAAAAUCAUUAGUUUUAUUUAUAGUUACCAAGGAUAUGUUAGGUUUGAAUAGUGUUAUCCAAGAGCCAUUUGGGAUGGCUUAUAAUUUGGGGAAAUAAUGUUGUUAUGUCCAAUUUUAAACAUUUUGGAUAGCUUUUAAUUUGGGAUUUGUGUUUUUAUGUUUAUUUUGAAAAGAAUUUUUGUUGGGUGCUCAAGAAGAGUAACCCUCAAAAAUGUCAUUUCUAUCUACUUUAUAAACAUACCAAGUAAAUCAAAUGUAUCAAGUUUUACAUGA